UCUAAAAACGGCAAUCGUCCCAUCAUCAACAACAGAAAUAAGCGCGCAAAUAAAUACAAUUUUGUAUGCUGUAAUACGCAAAUAAUUUAAUAAAAUUGAGAAAUUAAAUUAAAAAAAAAUAAAUUUUAAGUGAAAAAGUGCACAGUUCAACGCAGGCAACAAACUAACGUGAACGUAAACGUAAACGUAAAGUAACGGGUCUGUUGUGUAGAAAUUUGUGCGUAAAGGCAAAUAAUAUAAAUAUAAGAGUAAGAAAAGAAUUAAAAAAAAUAAAUUAAUUAAAUUAAAUAAACUAAGAAACCUACUUUUCAUUAAAACACAAAAGAAUUUACGCGCAUUCCAAGACGACUUGACAACACGCAAACGUAAAUAAAAAGAAAUAAAUAAAAUCAUAUACAAUAAAAAUACCGCAAUAAACCACACUCGCGUGCGCGCUUUACUACCAACAACAAACACUGCAUUCACACGCGUGCAAGUGCGUGUGCUGCUGGGCGUGCGUUCCGUUAACACCUUCGUAACAUACAUACAUAUAAAUUGUGCGUUUUGUGUGUGUGUGUGAUUUUUCUUAAUAAUAUUUUCGUUGGAAUUGCGUGAAAGUUUAGCGCAACAUAAAACACAUUUCCGUUUGCUGCAAGCGUCUAACCACCAAUUAAAGAACUCAAUUAAAAACGCACAAUUGUUGAAUUGUUGCCGCAACCAGUUGAUUGAAGAGAACAGAACAACAAAAACAAAGCACUCACAACAGCAAUAACUAUGGCAGAUGUUUCACAUGAAUUGGGCGCAUUGCGUUUUGUGGUGGACUCACCGCUCUCCUCUAAGGUGGCAAUGUUUAACAAACAAACGCAACAACAUCAGCAGCAACAGCUGUUGAAUCCCUUCUCCACGGCAAAUGGGCGUGUGUCGCCAAAGCCGACCUUCUCCAAAGGUGAAUACGGCAAACCCUUGGCAGGCAGCUUAACAGAAAUGCGCGGACAGAAAGCGAAUAUGCAUGUGCUCCGUGAAAUGCUUGAACUGUGCCAGAUCAUCGACUCGGAAGGUUACAAUGUCAAGGAUGAGCCAAAAAUGCGUGUGAUACCAUUCGGUGAGCUCUUCAAUAUCUACAAUUACAUCUCCGAUAAGGUGGUUGGCAUUUUAUUACGCGCACGUAAACAUAAACUGGUCGAUUUUGAGGGUGAAAUGUUGUUCCAACGGCGCGACGAUGACGUACCGGUUUUUCUACUUAAGCCAAUAUUGGAAAUACGUCACGAACUUGAAAGCAAAAUAGAGGAAAUUAAACGCGCAGGCAGCCCAGCGCCGCAAGCCACUUCAUUGCUGCUGGACAAAAGCGCACACAAGCAGAAAUUGAGCUCGCGCAGCUCGACUCCCUCCGGCUCACCAGCCCCUUCAAAACCACCAACACCGGCUCACUCAAAGGCGCCCACGCCGGCGCAAUCAAAGGCCUCAUCGCCUGAGCCCGCCGCGCUAGAAAAAUUGCCGGUGCAGCCCGUCGCAACAGCCGAAGUUACAGCGCAAUCAGUAAUUGAAAAAAUCACACAAGCAACACCGCUUCCGGAGGUUACCAUCACCGCUGCACCAGCUGUGGAGUUGGCUGAAGCUGCAGCAACAAGCGCACCAAUUGUUAGACUUGAGGGCGGACAGGAAGCAAAGACACCAGCUAAUAAGGAUGAUCUACCAGCGCGCAUUGAUAUUAAUACGGCCGAAACGGAGAUUACCGUUAAUCAAUAUACGACACCCGAGUUGGAGCCUGUGAUUGCCGAGCAUGCCGGUAUGCCGUCCGCUACUAGCUCGGAAAAUCCAAAUGCUGACAAUCCAAAUGCCGCUGAAAAUACCGAACUGCCGACGAUUGUCAUCGAGACAACCGGAGUGCAUACGCGCACGUUGCCUACGCUGCAGGAAGAUGCAGCAGCUGCAGUGCCAGUGCAAACGCCGACUACAGUGGAAGCAAGCGCCGCAGAUAUCGCAUCGGAGACAGCGGCAGAAAACAUUGAGGAGGCACAGCCCGAUGAAUAAUUUACAAAACCAAAAAUAACAAUUUUUUUUCGAUUUGAAACAUUAAGCUAGUUAAACAUACUAUAUAAAUAUUUCCCUAAAAUAGGGUUAGGUUAGCGGGGUACCAAUUAACUGCACGUAAUUACUGAGUUAGCGCAAAUGCAGUAAACUAAUUUGUAGUUUAGACAUUAGCUGCAGUAUUAUAAAAUAUUGUAAAGCGGAUGCAGAGCCACAAUAGUUGACGGUCCAAAAUUAAGCUGGAUACUCAAUCGACGCAAUUUGAACCGUUAAAUUUGUCGCUUUCCAUAAAUUUGGGAACGCAGGGUUGCCAGACAUAUAAAAAAUUAUAAUAAUUUGUAAAUACAAUUUGCUGUAUAGUUCGUGUACUUAAACAGAAAAAUUAUAUUUAAUACAAUUUGAUUUAUAUUUCAAUAAAAAUAGUAUAGAUAACAAAAACAAAUAAAAAGUUUUUAUUUUUGUAUUA